AUGGAGGAGCUGAACAUGACACAAGAAGGAAUCCUCAACGGGUUACCCCGAGAAAAACUCGCCGAAGUGCUCGACUCCUUCCGCGACCCCGAAGUGUUUAAUGCCGUAACCGGCCCCUGGAAAUCGCGGGUGGUCUGGCAGGACGGGAUGCGUGCUCGCGCCUAUAUGCGAAACCACCAGGUGGACAUGGACGAACCCGGCGAUCUCACCGCUACCGACGUGGCCGCCAGCGCCCACGAACAACUGCUGUCUGCCAUCGGUAGCUGCAUGACCGUUGGCUUUGUGGUCAACGCCACCAAACAGGGCGUUCGCAUUCACGACCUCGAAGUGGCGGUAGAAGGGUAUUUCGACAACAUUCGCAAGUGGGCUGGCGUCGAAGACGAAGGAAACCCGGGUUACGGUAAAAUCUCGGCAAAGUGCUUCGUGCGCGCCGAUGCCGAUGAGGAAACCUUGCGCGAAAUUUGGCGCCUGGCAGUGGAAGGUUCUCCCGUCACUCAAUCGGUGGCCAACUCAACGGCGGUCGAGACCGACUUUGAAGCGAUCGGUUAA